GUAUCUCAGACCCCUGAAGACAUAAAAACACAAAAAAUGAAGGCCUUUACUACACACACCAUCAUGGUUGCAUUGCCCUCCAUCACUGUGCGCAACAAACCGGCUAUGCUUAGCUGCUAAUCACAGGAUUAUUCUGCUUAACUAAGACUAUUAAGUGUUCCACUUUCAAAUGGCGUCUCCCACAGGCAGACCUUGGAGAGGAUCAUCCCUUCACUAUAGAGCUCUUACAGGGAAGUGAAUAAUACACAAGGGUCCCAGGGGCAGGGCCGGGAAGAAACCCUUGUAUACCAACAGGAUGUCACGGUAGGUUACACUUAGGUAGGCACAGAGGUGGAGAGAGAGAAGAACUGCAAAGCAGGAAGAUGGACCUCAGAGGAACCCAGAGAGUACAUUACUCAUUCAACAGAUGUGGAGAUGCAGAGGGCUGAAUUAUUGAGACAAAACCAGCACAAGUAAUGAGGACAAUAUCUCUUCUGUCUGCUCAGCAACACUGCUCUGCCUCCGGGUUUGACAUAGACCCUGUUUAUCCGUCUGGAGCAACAAGCCAGGACUGGGACUGUCUCUCAUGUCAUCUCUGACAUGAUGCUCCUGAUGCUGAUGGGGAUAAUGCUGCUGCCGUUGAUGAUAUCUAACAGUGGCCAGUCACUUAUCUGACUAUCCUGCAGCACAGACACAUAUUCCUUGUCAGUUAAGGCAGCAGCAGAGACAGAAGGAGACGAUCAGUGUGGAAUCAAUGCCAAUGGCCCUGUUUAUCAGGAGGUGCACCGUCAGGACACCUGUGGCUCUGUAGUCCUCGCGUAACCUCGUCGUUGCUGUCCGAGUGAGAAUAAUCAUGGCCAGCAUGCCGGUUCAACUCCUUGGCUUCUUCUUGGGGCUGUUGGGGUUUGCAGGAACUGUUGUUGCAACUCUGCUCCCCCACUGGCGCAGCACAGCCUACCUGGGCUCCAACAUCAUCACAGCCACCGCCUACAUGAAAGGCCUGUGGAUGGAGUGUGUAUGGCACAGCACUGGCAUCUACCAGUGUGAGCUGUACAGAUCUCUACUGGCACUGCCACGCGACCUGCAGGCUGCCCGGGCGCUCAUGGUUCUCUCCUGCAUCACCUCAGUCCUGGCAUCUCUGGUUUCUGUGAUGGGAAUGAAGUGUACCCGCUUCGCCCAGGGCUCGUUGAUCAAGUCUCCCCUUGCACUAAGCGGGGCAGUUUGUUUUCUCUGUGCUGGCCUGCUCUGCCUGGUCACUGUGUCCUGGACCACCAACGAUGUUGUCAUGGAUUUCUACGACCCCUUCCUUCUCAGUGGGAUGAAGUUUGAGAUCGGCCUGGCCGUGUACCUCGGGUACGCCUCGGCCUUCCUCAGCCUGACCGCAGGGCUGGUGCUGUGCUGGAGCAGCAGUGGUGACAGGUCACAGAGGCCCCACUAUGUGCAGAGGAAUCAACCACCAUCGCCUCCCCCUGCCUUCAACAACAUAUAUCCUCCUUCUCCGCUGUAUAAGCCCCCCGAGGCCCUGAAGGACAAUCGUGCUCCCUCCCUUUGCUCCCUUGCCAGCAGUGGUUAUAGGCUCAAUAACUACGUCUAAGGCCGGGGAAAUACUAACACAGUAACUGCAAAGUCACAGGAACUGCUUUGAAUGAAAAAAAAAGACCAAAACAGUCAACUGAACACUUAUUUAUAAUGUAAACUUUAAUAUCUUUGCAGGCAUUUUCGUCUCUUCCAUACCCAUAAAACAAGUUAAUAAAUAGAAAAGGAAUGACCAGUAUGUUACAUCACCAUGACUGACGAAUAUUCAGAUGCCACAUUUGUAGGGCAUUCCUCUAACUUUAACAUAACCAGAUGUGAGAGCCUAACAAAACCCUGAACCACAGUGUUUGUGUGAGAGAGAGAGAACUGAAACCUGUUGACCUGCUGCCAUGUACCUAAAGGACCAGGAGGUGGCAAUAUUUUACUGCAAAUAGCCACAGAAGAGACCGUUUAAAUCAGAUUUCACAUACUGUGCUGUAAUAAUAAUGGAUAAGCAAUUGUUCUGUUUCUUCCUUGUUGUAGCCUAUUUUGUAGUUGGGAUUAACUGUCUGAAAGCCAGUUCAAUUAUAAUAAAUCCCUGUUUUAUUGGGGGUCAAAGUAGAUAUUUCAAUGUUAAAGUAAGAAAAACACAGCUGUAAUUAAUAAAAUCACUGCCCAGCCUUA